AUGUACUGGCAGAGUCUGUUUGGGUUUGCCCCGUUGUUUCUUGUAUGGACUCUGGCCCAACAACCUAGCUGUGCCACGGUCAGCGGCGGAUGUGAUCAAGGCUCAACCAACAAUGCCGCCAUCCAAGUAGCGAUCAACAGAUUUGACACGUCGAAAUCCUACGGCGGCCAGUCAAUUAUAUUCUCGACUUUCCUCGACGGCGAGACUCUAGCACAGAUCUCGUACACCUGCGAAGACGUUAGCAAUAAUACGCCUAUUAUCGACGGCAGUGAAGCCCAGGCAUUGCUGUCUCAAAUCUUGCAAUGCAACAAUCAAUGCGGUUCAACAGCUGUGUCUUCUGACAGCUCUUGUGGCUUUGGAGUGCUAGUAGACAGCAAUGCUGGAACUGAAGACUGCUUUUCCAAGGCCAUCAACAUCACACCAGAAAGCACAUCAACCAAAACACCACCACCACCGCCUCCUUCAACAACUUCACCACCGACGACAAGUACCACCUCGACCAAAACCACAAUCACAAGUGUGCCUGCCUCAGUGGUCAGUGCUGACGCCAGUGAUGUACAAAGCAAAGUCUCAGCAGCUAUGGCGCAAGCAGCAGCAUUUCAAAACAAUCCCAGUCAAGAUGGCCUCAGCGAUACGCAGAGCGCAGUGCAAGAUGCGCUGAACAGUGCCCAGAAGGCUCAAUCCGAUGUUGGUGGAGACCCAAGCGAUUGGGGAGGGUUCCUGGACCAGAUCUCGAACGUCAUUUCUGGAUUGGAGAGUGCAGAAACAGGACUGACAGGAGCAGCGGCGUCGGCUGCAGUGGCGGCAGCGGCCGCCGCGGCGAUAUCUGGCGCAGCUACAGCGGCCGCGGCAGCCGUUGCUGCGGCAGCCGCAGAGAGCAGUAACCAGAAUCCAACCACGACGCCGCCAAUAGGCACAACUCAGUCUCCAAGCGCUUCCAUGUCAUCGUCGAGCUCUCAGACCUGCAACCUAUGCGUCUCAUGCGCAGACUCGACUCUGCCCUCCGUUGAUGAUCCACCGCAAGAGACAGAUGCCCCAGACAGCUCUUCGGCGCCAGCAUCAGUGUCAGGGGCCUUAUCGAGACGAACGAUGAAGAAAAUCCAAAGGCGUGACACCUCUGUGAAGAUCAUUACUGUCUGCAGCAAGACGUUCACCAGCCGGCCCUACUCUCCGCCUUCUUCCGGAAAUUUCCCAUUUUAUGGAUACAGGAUCGAUGCAUCGACGUCCCGAUGCUCCAGGAAUCCAAAGAUCUUUUUCAACGCCGCGGUAAAUCCAACACCUAGUGACAGCUUCGACACCGAACAUGUCUUCGAGGCUCAGAUCGUUACGCAGUUCCUGAACUCCUUGGCUUCUUUGGCCGCGGGAGGCAAAAUAAGCAACAACGGGGACUGCGGUGCCAACGGCCUGCUGAUGAGAUACUUCUUGCGAACGGCCGCUUUCCCGGGAAUCGCGGGACAGGCGAAUACGCCGUUCAAAAAGAAAGGAGGUAUCAUGAGUGCCGCAGCCGCUGACGAGCUCAUGUAUAACCUGUCUGCGGAUAAUGAUCCGAACGAACCAGACUCGGACAACGAGUUGGUGUUUCUGGAGGAACGCUUAAAUAGUCUCAAGCAGGCAGUCUUCAACUCCAAGACGGGACAGUUCUCCAGCUUCGCGACAGCUACUGACCAACUCGCCGCAGUGACGAGACUCGGUGUGUUGGCCAACUACUUGACCGACAACACGGUCGCCGCUAUCUUCACCAAAGUCAGCCGCAGGAUGUUCGCCACCAUGCAAAAGUUCGACCAAACGAUCCAGAGCAGCACAAUCGCCAAGCCAGUUGACUCCGAUGGCGACCCAAUUUCGUUCGCCACGCUCUAUUCAGUAUUCCAAACCAACUUCCUCUUUUCCAUCGACGGUCCCCCACGUACGAGUAUGAGCACUCAGAUUACCAGUGCCACCAAUCAAAUUUCGAGUGAUUCGAGAUUGGGAUCUCCUGGAUUGAGAAUGAUGUUUGUGGCGCAGAUAAACGAGAUCACGGCCGCGGGGCAGCUGAUGUUUCCGGACAAAUGGUUAGAUGUUUCGUCUACGUUGGAGGUUGAUUUUUAG